AAAUUUUCUCUUCUUUAAUAUAUAAAUCUUUCUUUUUUUCUUCUUCUUCUUUUUCUUGCUAUCUUCUUUUUUUUUCCUCCACUUUCAUGUCGAAUCCUAUUGCUGAUACAGCAAUUUAUUUUGCAGAUAAAGAAGAGAGAUGUCACCAAUUGUCUAUUCAUCCUUCUACUCAUUCUAAUUUAAACGUUGAUGAUGAUGUUGUUCAAUUAACUUCACCAGAAUCUCCUGAGAGUCGUCGACCACAAACAUUACAUCAUGCUUUAUCUGACUUUGAUCCAAAAUUACAAUGGCAAAAAGUAUUAAAACGUAUUCCCAAUCUUGUACGUGAAGAGACAAAACAUUCACACCAUACAACAAGAACUGAUACCAGUAGUAGUAGUAGUAGUAGCAGUAGUAGUAGUAGUGGUAGUAGUUGUAGUGAUAACGAAGACAGUGAUGGUCAGGGAGUAGAUAGUCUUGAUGAUCACAAUAAAGUAGAAAAAUCAAAUCGAUUUAGUCAAUUAGGACAUCGUCUUGAAAAGGAACGAAGAAAACAUAUACGUAGACAAAAGAAGGAAGAAGCACGUCAAUAUCAUCAAUAUAAUGCUCAAGAUGAUAUGUUACCAGAUACAAAUGAUUUGCAUACAAAAGUGAGUAAUAAUAAUGAAGAAGAAGAAGAAGAAUAUCCUCAAAUUGAAGAAGGAAAGGAAGAAGAAGAAGAAGGAGAGAAUCAAAAUUAUUUUGAAAAUCCAUUUCAAAUCUCUGAUAAUCAUAGAAAUGAAGGCACAGUGGAGGAGGCUAUGACGGAAGAAGAUAAUGAAAAGAAAAGAAAAAAUAAAAGAAAGAAAGAACAAAAGGCGACAAUACAAGAUGACGUUGAAAAUACGAGUGCUCCAAAUAAAGUAGAAAGUGGAAUAGAAAAGGCAAGAAAACAAUGGGAUAAAACGUUAGAUAAAGUACGUUUAAUUGCCAACUUGCAUACAUUACCUCAUAAAAGAAAACUAGACAUCACUUCAACUUCAAGUUUAGCGCCUUAUUAUCCUCCUCUCUUUGAUCCUAUUUUUAUUUCCUUAUCAAAAGAUCAACGUGGACGUCCUUGGCCACCUAUUUUACUGCCAUUUUUAAAAGUCAAUAUAACGGAUUCAGAAUUACAGACACAAGGUAUAAAUCAAUGGGUUUUUCGUAUCGAAUUACAAUAUGGUGAUAUCAAAUGGGUCGUCAAGAAAACAACAUCUGACUUUGUUAGUCUUCAUUAUACUCUUAAAUUAAAAUCAAGUAUCAAAGAUGCUGUUCCAAGUCCACCUAGUUUUCCAAAUCAACUCGAAUCUUGGCUUAAUUCAGCUAAAGAAUCUAUUCGACAUGAUGAACACCAUCAUGAAAUAGAGGGUGAAAAGUAUAAAAUCGCUUUAAAGAGACGGAAGGCAUUGACAAAAUACCUUCGUCAACUCUUGAUCCGAGCUCAUAUGAUGGCCAAUUAUGAUAUCUGUGAAUUCUUUGAAAUCUCUGCUGCCAGUAUUGUGGAAGAUAUGGGUUGGAAAGGGAAAGAAGGAUUCCUGGAAAACAAGGUUAAUUUUGUCAUUCCUCGUCUCUGUCAUGUCUUGAAACCUCAUUUUUGGAACAAGCAAUGGGUUUUAUUAAGAGAUUCUUAUAUGGCAUUUAUUGAGGAUGUUUCUUCAACACAAGUAGAUGAUGUCUUUUUGUUUGACAAAUCAUUAACUGUUCAAAACAGGAAACCUGGAUUAUUAGGAAGAUAUCAUCAUCAUAUCACAAUUGCAAAUCUUUUUCGACGUAUUGAAAUUAAGGGGAGUCGACGUGAGGUAGUUGAAUGGAUGGAGAGUAUUGAACGUGUUUUAAACGACAGUCCUUGGGUAAAGAACCAUCGAUUUGGUUCAUUUGCCCCUAUUCGACAUAACGCCAAAUUAAGAUGGUUUGUAGAUGGUGAAGAUCAUUUUAAUGCAGUAGGGGAAGCUAUCCUAUCUGCUAAAUCUGAAAUUUAUAUUGCAGAUUGGUGGUUAUCACCCGAAUUAUAUUUAAGAAGACCUCCAGAAAAGAAUAGAGAAUUUCGUUUAGAUCGAUUAUUGAAACGUAAAGCAGAAGAAGGUGUUAAGAUUUAUAUUAUUGUUUAUAAAGAAAUGGCAGUGGCCUUAACUAUCAAUUCUGCACAUACAAAAUUAUGGUUACAAGGAUUACAUAAAAACAUCAUUGUUGUUCGACAUCCUGAUCAUCGAUCCAUUGAUAAUAAUGUCUUAUUCUGGUCACAUCAUGAGAAAAUGGUGAUAGUAGACAAUCGUUUAGCUUUUAUUGGUGGGCUUGAUUUGUGUUGGGGUCGCUAUGAUUCUCAUAAACACAGAUUAACAGAUUAUCCUACAAAAGGUCAUACGGAUGAAGUAUUCCCUGGUCAAGAUUAUUCAAAUCCUCGUGUAAAAGACUUCUUAAAUGUUGCACAAUAUGAUUUAACUUUAGUAGACAGACACAUUACACCACGUAUGCCAUGGCAUGAUAUGACAGUAGGUAUGGUUGGACCUAUUGCACGUGAUGUGGCACGCCAUUUUAUUCAACGUUGGAAUUUCUUAAAAGCAAGUAAAGGCAUGCAUCGUCCUACAGUUCCCUUUUUAAUGCCUAAAGGUGAAUAUGUAGCAGCUCGAGAUGAAUCUUCCUUUAAAGGAUCAUGUCGUGUUCAGUUAUUACGUAGUUCAGCUCAAUGGAGUUCAGGUAUUGAACGUGAGCAUUCUAUUUAUAAUGCAUAUAUGGAAUGUAUCACUAAAGCAAAGCAUUUUAUUUAUAUUGAAAAUCAAUUCUUUAUUAGUACAACGACACAAGAUAAAUUAUUAAGAAACAAGAUUGCGCAAGCUCUUGUUGAACGAAUUAAACGAGCCCAUGAAAAGGGGGAACGAUUUAAAGUAUUCAUCAUUAUGCCAUUGAUUCCUGCAUUUGAAGGUGAUUUAGCUACAAAGGACGCAGCUGCAGCACGUAAUGUAAUGCAUUUUCAAUACAUGACUAUAUCUCGUGGUGGUAAUUCAAUUAUGGAAAAGCUAAAAGAAGCUGGUAUUGAACCCUCAGAGUAUAUUGGCUGGUACAGUUUACGUAACUGGGAUAAAUUAGUACCCCCAUCUUCUCCUAAAAAUAAGUUGUCAUCAUCAUCAUCUCGUUAUACAACAAUGUCACCAUCAGCAAACACCUCAGCUAAACAAACAUCUGUGCCACCUGUAGAUACAAAUCCAAAUCUAUCUUCCAUGGAUCCCUUCAAUUCAUCUUCACUUGAUGAGUCUGAAGAGUCUUCAAAAAAGUCAAUUUGGGAUGAUGAUGAUCGACACUAUUACGUAAGUGAAUUAGUUUACAUUCAUGACAAAAUAAUGAUUGUAGAUGAUCGUAUUGUCUUGAUUGGUUCAGCUAAUAUCAAUGAUCGAUCUCAAUUGGGAAAUCGAGAUUCAGAAAUAGCCAUGUUGAUAGAAGAUACACAUACAGUUCCUUCCUUUAUGAAUGGGAAAGAAUACAAAGCAGCCAAAUUUGCUCAUACCCUUCGUAUGCAACUCUUUAAAGAACAUCUUGGCUUGCUUGAUUUUACACAAUGGGAAAAAUUGAUGGAGGGAACAGCGGAAGGUGCAUCCAAUGUAAAUAUCGAACAUCCAAUAGAAACACAUCAUACAAAUCAACAUUUGACAGAAGAAGAAAUUCAAUACUUUAAAUUUGCUAAACCUGAUAAAGUGCUGGAACACGAAAAGCGAUCAGGAGUCAAGAUGUUAGAUUCAAGUGAGUUUGGACAUAUGGCAGUUCGAUUAGAUGCAAAAGCGCUUGACCCCUUAGCUGAACAUUGUUAUCGCGAUCUUUGGAAUGCUACAGCAGAAAGAAAUACACUCAUCUACCGUGAACUAUUUCGUUGUGUACCUGAUGAUACCGUACAUACCUUUGAACAACAUCGAAAAUUUUUACCCGAUCCUACCAAAGUUCCUCAUGGACAUAUUGCGGAUCUUGACUUACAUGGACGUGACAUUCAACAAAAAUUAGCAAAGAUUCGAGGACAUCUUGUACAGUUUCCUACUAAUUAUUUAAAGGAUGAAAACAUGCUAGGUUCUUUGAUACGGGAAACUGUGACUCCAAUGGUUAUCUUCACUUGAAACCCGUAUUCAUUGAUUGGCACGUCAUUAAAGAAAGGGAAAAGGAUCUAUCAUGUUAUCUCGAAUAAAAAUAUACCAUGUAUUUUUUAUAAUAUUAUCUUGUAUUGUAUUUACAUGCAAGUAGUAGUAGUCACAAUAAUAAGCUUAUAAAUCAAUCAUAACGUGUUGUAGUCUAUCAUAUAUAAAUAAAUAUGUAUAUGUAUGUGUGUAUGUGUGUACGUGUGUAUAUUGAUUAAUCAUUAUCUAAUACGUAAAAGAGCUUUGUUGUUGCUUUCUUUACUUUUUUUUUUCUUUU